AGAAGUCUUCCAACAUCUCCGAGACAAGAUUUCUCUCCUUACGGAUUUAAUUCUCCUACAUCUGAUAAUAGAAUGGUUCAAUCUCCAACGAACUAUCAAAUGUCUGAUUCCACCGAUUCUUUAGAAUCUCCUGUUUUACCAAAUACACGUCAAGGUCCAAUUCAUAGAUCUCAAAAAAUUGAUGACACGAGAUCACGUUUACCUGCUGAUGUUAACAGAGGCCCUAUUCCGGAAAACGUUAUAUAUAUGGAACGACAACGUUCAAAUUCUCCUCAAUUACGAUCAAACGUUAAUAUAGAAAAUAUUCGAAGACAAAAUUCCUCUCCAGUUGCUGCUCGUCAGUCUCCGAACCACUUUGAUAAUCAACGUAGCAACUCUGAUUCUUCUCCAAAAACUUUUCACAAAAAUAGAAUUAGUACUGAUAGUACAUAUAACAAUCCUACCGUAAUGAGAUUACGAGGUGAACGUAGCUUGGAAAAUUUACGCGAAACUUCUCAAACUACCAAUAUUCGUGCUCCUGUAUAUUCUGGAAAACCUGAAUUUUAUUCUCCAAACGAUUUCAUAAAUCCUCGUUCAGCUCCACAACCAUUAGGUGGAUAUAUGAUACAACCUGAUGGUUUUGGUACUAAUCAAAAUAUCAUUAUAUCAGGAAAUUAUCCACCAGGAAUAUAUCAAAAUACAAUUUAUCAAUCCUUAAAUUAUCUUAAAAGUCCAAAUUCUUAUGUAGAAAGUACUAUAUCUUCCCCAACUUUACCAACCGAUGGUCAUUCUAGAAUCUCCGAUACUGUUGAUCAUUCAUCAGCUAAUAUAAUGAAUAUGGAAUAUAAUGAAUUUAUGCGAGAACUUGAACAAAGAGAUAUAUUAAUUCAAACUUUAAAAAAACGUGAAAUGUGGUUAAGUGCUGAACUGGCAAUAGCUAGAAAAAUUGGUUAUACUAUAGAUCAAGUUGAUUUUGAAGGUGAUAAAUCUGAAAAAGUUGAUUUGGAUCAAUUAAUUGAUCAUACUGAUAAAGAUUCAGAAAAAUUUCCUCUCUUGUUAAGUAUUGCUAAAAUCAGGCAGGAAUUAUUAAAAUCAAAGGCAAACAUAGUAACUCAAGCACAACUUGCAUCACAAAAGAUUGCAGAUUCGGAACGAAUCAGAACAGCUGCACUUCAAGAAGCAGCAUAUUUUAAAGCCAAACUUGCAGCUUUUAAAAAUCAAUCAAAAUCCGAUUUAGUAAUAAUUGAAUCAGAACGAGCUACAGAAUUAGAAAAACGUUUAACAAAUUCAUUAAAUGAAAAAGAAUCUAUUCAAGUACAAUUUUUACAAAUACAACAAGAUUUAACUAAUGAAAAAAUUUCCAGAGAAUCAGCUGAAGAACGUGCAAAAACUGCUCUUGAAAGAGCUGAAGAUGCAGAAAAUGCUCAUGCAAGAUCAUUAACAGAAUUAGCUGCUUUACAUUCAAGAGCUACAGCUGCAGAAACCGAAUUAAGAGAAAAUAAAGGUCAAUUAUUAAAUUCGAAUAUAGAAUUAAAAAAAUUACAAAAUAUUAAUGAACAAUCACAAUUACAAAUCAUUUCAUUACAACAAUCUGUUGAUAAUCUUAAAAGAACUCUUGAAAAAGCAAAUAGUGCUAUGACAACUGCAAGUAAACGUGCAAAUGAAUCGGAAAAUUUAUGGAAACAAGCUCAACAAGAUAUUGCAAAUUUGGAAAAAGAAUCGGCAGGUCUUCGAUCUCAAUUAGAUGUUAGAAUGAGAGAUUUAAGUCGUUCAGCUGAAAAAGCUAAUAAUUUGGAAAAAAUGUUGGAAGAAGAACGUAAAGCAAAUAUUACUCUUCGUGAAAUGAUGGAAGAUGAUGUAAAAAAAUUAUUAAAUAAUUCUGUGGAAAAUAUUCCUAAUAUUUCAAUUGAUAAUUCAAAUAUGGUUCAACUUGAACAAGAAAUUGCUGUAUUAAAGAAUAUUAAUGAAGAAACUCAAAAAUCCGCUAAUGAAGCUGCUAAUUCUUUAUUAAGUGCUAAAGUUAAAAUUGUACAAAUGGAAUCUAUUAUAAUGAAAGCAAGAUCUGAAAAUACGGCUUUACAACGACAAUUGGCUGAUGCUUCAGAUGAAAUUAUACGAAUAAAAGCAAGAUUAAGUGAAAAAGAACGAAUCUUGGAUGAAAAAUCUCGUAUUCUUGAAGAUACUCAAGUUAAACUUGGAAUGAUGAGAGAUGUAAUGUCGGAACGUGGAAUUUUGGAUGAUGGUAGUGGAAAUUCAGGUGCUGAUAAAGUUAAGGAAAUGGCUGCACAAUGUGAAAAAUUAGAAGCGGUGCAUGCGAAAACUCAAAGUGAUCUUAAAUUAACCAUAGAGAAUUAUCAAGAAGCAUCGAAAAGAGCUCAAGAAGCUGAAAAUAAAUUAAAAGCACUUGAAAAACAACUUGAGAAAACAAAUGCAUUGGAAAUGAGAAAUCAUGAAUUACAAAGACACGUUACCGAAGUUGGCGAGAAAUUAUCAAAAUCUGUAAAUGAUUAUAAUACUGCUAUGCAUUAUGUACAAGGUACCGAAAAAAUGUUGAGACGUCUAAAAGUUGAAUUACAAAAUAGUAAAACUGAGGCAACGAAAUUAAGAACUCAACUUGAAUCUAUGCAAAAACGUAAUGAAGAAUUGGAAGAAAAAUUAUUGGAAGUACAGAAUCGAACAUCUGUAAGUAUGGGUGCUCGAGAAUCCAGAAUCCAUGAAUUUGCUAAUAAACAACUCGAAUUACAAAGAGAAGAUUUUAAUAAAGAGUUAUCCGAAAUUCAACAAAAGAUGGAUCAAUUAUUAGAAGAAAAGAAGUCGGUGGAAACUUCAUACAAAAAGUUAAUAAAGGAACAUCAACAAACUAAGGAUGACUUGGAUGAAGCUUUACAAUUAAAUAGAGAAUUGAAUGAAGCAUUAGAUGGCCAACCUGCAAGUGGAAAUAAACAAGAUAAUUGGACUGUACAACAGAAAUUUUUAGAAAAUCAAAUUAAUAUGAUUCGUUCUACUAAUAGUAAACUUGAAAAAGUAAAUUCGGAAUUGGAACGAAAAUUACAUGAUUCAGAAAAUAGAAUCACUAUAUUAUUGGAUCAAAUGGAAAAUACUGUAGAUGGUUAUCGAAAUAUAGAAGAUAACAUUAAAGAUACAAAAAGUCCAAGAGAUUCGAAUUUGAUAAAUGCUUUGACUGAUGAAUUAGAUCAACUAGCAAAAGGUGCUUCGAAUCUAGGUGUAGGUG